AUGGAUGGAGCGAGGAGAGAAUCUGAAAAUGGAUCUUUGCUGUUAGAUGCUUAUGCAAGUUUGUCAUUGGUGGAUCCCUUCUCACAACCAUUGGACUUCACUGAAUCCUGGAAUUUCCAUCUACUCUCUGCUCUGAUGUUCUUGGUGACCUCCUUGUCCCUGUUUGAAAAUUUCACUGUCAUCCUCACCACUCUUAAAUCCAAACAGUUGAGGCAACCUCUCAACUAUGUCAUCGUGAAUCUCUCAGUGGCUGACUUCCUUGUAUCUCUGGUUGGGGGCACAGUCAGCUUUCUAACUAAUCUGGAGGGUUAUCUUUAUAUGAGCCACUGGGUUUGUGUCCUGGAGGGAUUUGCCGUCACAUUCUUUGGAAUAGUUGCCCUCUGGUCACUCGCUCUGCUUGUGUUUGAGCGCUAUGUAGUAAUUUGCCGUCCCCUGGGAAAUGUGCACUUCAAGGGGAAGCACGCCGCUCUGGGGAUAGCCUUUGUAUGGGUUUUCUCCUUUAUAUGGACCAUCCCUCCAACAAUGGGGUGGAGCAGCUAUACUACCAGCAAGAUUGAGACCACUUGUGAACCCAACUGAUAUUCUGGAGAAUAUAAUGAACAUACUUUCAUUAUUACCUUCUUCAUCACUUGUUUCUUAAUGCCCUUAUUGGUCAUUUGGGUAUCCUAUGGAAAACUGAUGCAGAAACUUAGAAAGGUUUCAGACAUUCAGGGCAGAUUAGGGUCUGCACAGGAGCCAGAAAGACAAGUUACCAGAAUGGUGAUGAUUAUGAUUCUUGCCUUUUUAAUCUGCUGGACUCCGUAUGCAGCCUUUUCCAUCUUGGUCACCCCCUGCCCCUCUGUUGAACUGGAUCCUCACCCUGCUGCAAUCCCAGCCUUUUUUUCCAAAACAGCUACAGUUUAUAACCCAGUUAUUUAUGGCUUUACAAACAACCAGUUCCGGACAUGUCUAGUCCAGCUGUUUCGAUGCAGUGGACAAGAUAUGGCAGACCCCAACAUGAAUCAGAUUUCAAAGAGAGCAGUGCUAACGUGUACCAAAAAGUGUGGCGAGGUCUCCCCAGUAGCAGCACGUGUUACUGUCUUCAACCAGAGAAAUGAAGAUGAGAGAGGUAGCUGACAAUCCUUCACUCUGCUCUCAGCUUUGGAAAACAGAAUCUGUCCAAUGUGGCUGUGUCACUUUCUGAAAGGAUGA